AUGGACGUCGUUCAAACAAAGCCUAAAUAUACUCGAUGUCUCACUUAUUCACUCAACGGCAACAGACAGUUAGGUCCACAUCCGGCUGCAUCACUUCGUGGAUCAACACCAAGCUUUGUAAGUGACUGGGUGAAUAUGACUGCCAACUCCUCCAGCUCAUCAGUGAGCGUGGACCACGGCCUUGGAGAAUUGCCCUUGCGAGUCAUGAUAGAAGCUCGCACAGAAGAGGGGUGGAUUUUCCCGGGAUUUGGAUCCGCCCAGGCAGAUGAUGAUAAGGAUGUUCCUUACGGGGGAGUGGUAUUUAUCUACAAUGAAGUAAACAUUCAAAUGUACGUUCCUCAUCGGAACAACGGCCGAAGAAUAAAGAGUAAAUGGACAGCUUUAUACUUAGGGAAUGAAAAUAAAUGGGUUGGUCCAGACCAGUUGCCGAGACGACACACAUCAGUUCUUGUUCGAGCGAAAGCAUGGAAACCAAGAGAUCUGCCCCCUCCAUCUUGGAGAAGCAGUGCCAUUCUUGUUCAAGGUGACUGUAUAAAUACAACACUUGAACACACCUUUCAGACGUAUCCGGAUUUAAUUGUAGUACAAGUUCAAACACCAUUAGGAACUUUUCAAGGUCAAGGGUUGUCGAUGCUGCGAUAUCCGAUUGGUAAAGUUCAACAUGUUGGAGGAUUGCUGUAUGGUGUCAACGAAACCCAUGUACAACUGUGGUCAAUUUGUGACAUUGAUGGGGAAUUAAAAUUUUACGGUUUGUGGUCCGCCCAAGACGGAUGGGGAACAAAAGGCAUGGGUCCUACGUUAACCGGAAAUAUAACAAUAUUUGCUUGGGACUUAUCAAAGAUAGCACAACGCAUAACCAAAACACUGAACCUCACAUACCUACAACAGAUCGACUAUCGGAUACCCGUCUUCAACGUAACGCCAGAUGCAUUCAUUUCAGUGCAGGUAGAGGUGCUUGAGGGGCCUAACAAGAAUUUUCGCUUUGAUGGCCUUGGCUCCGUUAUGACGGAGGUUGAACCUUACGGGGGAUUGGUUUAUGCGUACAAUGAAGUAGAAGCUACAGUGGGGAUUUGGAUCCCUCAUCCUAACAAAUUAAAGCCAAAGAAAGUCGCAGUCUUCAUGUUAGGGAUGAAUUGGGGUUGGGGCUUCAAACAACAAAUGACAGAUAACGUUAACAUAAUCAUCUCGUCAGUGACCAUAACUGGAUGUCGGUGUCCAUGUGCAAUGGUAGGAGCAGUACCUAUCCAAGCCAACGAAACAGAAAAACUACAACAACGAAUUAGAGAGCUGAAAGCAAAUUUAACCAUUAUGAAAAAUGAAACGUCCAAAGCUCUGCGUCGUAAAAUCAGCGCCUACGAUCCACGCCAAUCAGCCAAGAGCUUAGGAGCGGUUUUGGGGGCAGGGAUUUUGAUCUUUGUGUUUGGGUUCAUCAUAAUAAGCGAUCUUCCAAAAUUAUGGUUCGGAAUAGGGAGAUGUAUAUUCAUUCUCCGAACCAGAAAUCAACCAAAGAAUAAUUCUGACUGACAACAUACGGGGUGAAAGCAGAAUUACAUUGCCUGUAAUCAUAUGACUAUUCUUUUCAUGUUAUAA